UCGAAUAAAGGAACAAACUCCAAACCUUCUCCUUCGCCUUCCCUCUUCUCCGUCUUUCUUGGCCGCAUUGGUCGAGAAGCUCCUCGAUCUCUUCCGGACCCCUCCAAGAAAUCCAAACCGAUUCGAAGGGGGGGGGAGAGAGAAGAGAGAGAGAGAGCUCUGGUUCUCCGCUCUCUUUAGGUUUCUAUUUUCUUGUGGCUGAGGGAGAGGUGGGUGGAGGCGUCGGAGAUGCCGUUCUUGUUGGGGUUGUUCCUGGGAGUCGUGGUUGGGGUUGGGCUGGUGAUGGGUUUCGUCCGCUUCGAGAAUUACCGAUCCAAGCAGCGAUCCGAGCUGGCUGCUACAGUGGCAGCUUUCUCGAAGAUGACAGUUGAAGAUUCCAGAAAGAUUCUUCCAGCUCAAUUUUAUCCAUCAUGGGUUGUGUUCUCACAGCACCAGAAGUUGAACUGGCUCAACCUUGAAUUGAUGAAAAUCUGGCCUUAUGUUAAUGAGGCAGCAUCUGAGCUGAUAAGGACUUCUGUUGAGCCGGUUCUUGAACAAUAUAGACCAGCCAUCUUAGCUUCACUUAAAUUUUCAAAGCUAACUCUUGGUACUGUUGCUCCACAAUUUACAGGAGUUUCUAUUAUUGAAGAUGAUAAUUCUGGGAUUACUAUGGAGUUGGAGUUGCAGUGGGAUGGUAAUCCAAACAUUGUACUUGAUAUUCAAACAAAACUUGGUGUGGCACUUCCUAUACAGGUGAAAAACGUUGGUUUUACUGGGGUAUUCUGUUUAAUCUUUAAACCAUUGGUUGAGGAGUUUCCCUGCUUUGGUGCUGUCUCUUAUUCAUUGAGAGAGAAGAAAAAGCUGGAUUUUACUCUCAAAGUUAUUGGCGGUGAAAUAUCAUCUAUUCCUGGAAUUUCCGAUGCAAUUGAGGGAACAAUACGUGAUGCUAUUGAAGAUACCUUAACAUGGCCAGUAAAAAAAGUUGUUCCCAUUUUACCUGGAGAUUACAGUGACCUAGAACUGAAACCUGUUGGAAUAUUGGAAGUAAAGCUCGUGCAGGCAACGGGCUUAGCAAAUAAAGACUUAAUAGGAAAAUCUGAUCCCUAUGCUGUGUUGUACAUACGUCCAUUACGUGACAGAAUGAAGACUAGCAAAAUAAUUAACAAUGAUUUGAACCCUAUCUGGAAUGAACACUUUGAGUUCAUAGUUGAGGAUGCAUCUACUCAGCAUUUGACAGUAAAGAUAUAUGAUGAUGAAGGGAUCCAGGCAUCCGAGCUUAUUGGUUGUGCUCAAGUGAGGUUAAGAGACCUUCAGCCUGGAAAGGUGAAGGAUAUCUGGUUGAAACUUGUCAAAGAUCUGGAAGUCCAGAGAGACAGGAAAGAUAGGGGUCAGGUGCAUCUAGAACUUCUGUAUUGUCCUUUUGGCAUGGAGAAUGAGUUUUCUAAUCCUUUCGCCAGUCAAAACUUUUCAAUGACUUCUUUGGAGAAGGUCCUCAAAAGUGGCGUGAAUGGAACCGAGGCUGCUGAGAUUGACAGGACAACUCUUAGGAAAAAGGAUGUUAUUAUGAGAGGAGUUCUCUCUGUGACAGUUAUAUCAGCAGAAGAUUUGCCUGCAAUGGAUGUGAUGGGGAAGGCAGACCCAUUUGUUGUGCUGAGUAUGAAGAAAUUAAAAACAAAGAACAAAACAAGGGUAGUAAAUAAAAGCUUGAAUCCAAACUGGAAUCAGACUUUUGACUUUGUCGUGGAAGAUGGACUACAUGAUGUGCUUAUCUUGGAAGUCUAUGACCAUGAUACAUUUGGAAAAGGUUACAUCGGGAGAUGCAUCAUGACACUAACAAGGGUGGUAAUGGAGGGAGAAUUUACUCAUAGUUUUUCUUUAGAAGGGGCUAAAUCUGGAAGGCUGAAUUUGCACCUUAAGUGGACGCCGCAGCCAAUUUACCGGGACACAUAAUGGAUGAAAGCUAAAGUGACUCUCUCUCUCUCUCUCUCUCUCUCUCUCUCUCUCUCUAUCUAUCUAUCUAUCUAUCUAUCUCUUUAUCUAUCUAUCUAUCUAUCUAUCUUUCUUUCUUUCUCUGUCUGUCUGUGCGCGCGCGCGCGCGUGCCGUUCAUGCUGAGGAUUAGUCCUCUUGUGUAGCUUCCUGUAAUGAAGAGCAGGCACGCCAGUAAGUUGAACUCUUGUACAAUUUCCAGGGUAAGGCCUCAAACCUCCUACCAGUGAAGAAACUAAUAUUUUCCGUUACGCAUCAUCUUGUCCUCAUGGUUUCUGGUUAUUUUUGGAAGCUGUGGUGAAUGUCAAUCAUGAUAUAUGCGAGAACAAAGAGAAGAAUGGAAAUGCCUUAAGAGUAUUCACAAUUUGUCAGCCUUGCAAGACCCUAUUGUAUGGUUGAGUAACUAGUGAAAUAACAAACACUUAAACCUGUCACUUCGUUUCCCAUCUGGCUAGAAGAGUCACACCUUGCAGGCAGGACCAGGAAGCAUGUGAUGCAGUGAUGCCUUCCUAUAAUGUUCAUUGUUUGCAGCACUGGUUAGUCUUGUAGAGGAUAUUGGUUGUAUAUGGUUGUCUACAAGUGUGGUGGAGAGACAAAACGAGAUAAAGAUAUUGGUGUAUAUAAAUUGUCUCCUUAUGCGCAUAGCAGCUGCGUUCCUGUCGGUGCAUCACUUCUGUAUCCUACACUCCUUCGUAUGAGGAAGUGAUAUUUUUCAUUUAGCUGCA